UUUACUAUCUUGUGGCGUGCACUAUGGCCAGUCGAACCUUUGGGAACAUUCGGCUUGAUCAAACAGUAUUCUUUUUGUGUGACAUGCAAGAAAGAUUUAGACCAGCAAUAAAAUACUUUCCAGAUAUUCUAGAAGUUGCAAAACGUUUGGUUCAAGCUACAAAGGUAUUGGAUAUUCCACUGAUAGUCACAGAACAGUAUCCCAAAGGUCUAGGAAGUACAGUACCAGAACUCGAUAUCAACAAUGCUGUUGCAGUUUUUCCCAAGACUAAAUUCAGUAUGGUUUUACCAGAGGUUGAAGAAAAACUGAAAUCUCUUUGCAGCGGAAAUGUGCGACAUGUUGUGCUGUUUGGUAUUGAGACCCACGUAUGCAUCCAGCAGACGGUCAUAGACCUGCUGGACAGGACCUACGAGGUGCACGUCGUGGCCGAUGGGUGCUCUUCACGAAGUCAGAUGGACAGACUGUUCGCUCUGCAGAGAUUUCAACACAGUGGUGCCACAGUGACAACCAGCGAAGCAGUUCUUCUACAGUUAGUGGGAGACAAGGAACAUCCCAAGUUCAAGGAGAUCCAGGGACUAAUAAAAACCAGUGCUCCGGACUCGGGCCUUGUGGCUAAUUUAUGAUCAUUGUCACACAACCUGCCCAUUUGAUUGGCUCUUCUCAUGUCUGAAUGUACAUGCACCUCCUCCUUUGAUACUCAAGUAACGCCAUGUUGUUAUCAUAUAAUACAUACUUUGAUGUAAUGAAAAUUAACCUUAAUACUGGGACAUUUAGAAGAAGAAAAAAAAAGGAAAUUAAAAAAAUAAAUGUUUUUAAAUAAAGGACACUUGACACGGAUGAAAUAUGGUAGGGACCGCUUCAGCCAUUCUUCACAAACAGUGUGAAGAUUUGGUUACCAUUUGAUUCUGUGUAAUGCCAUAGGAGAGAAGGCGGAAGGGAGGCAAUGACACCCUCUCGUCCCCCCCCCCCCCCCCCACACACACACAAUUAUGAAGAUAAUGUAUAUACACCCCGGUUGAUAAUCAAAGUAAAAUGUAACUGUGUCCCAAGUUGCUGUUGUCUUUCUGACAUCUAUGAAUGCGUAAGUGAAUUGUAUUAUUAUAAAAAAAUAAAAUGUAGUAUUAUUUAAUUGUGUUAUGACUGGAAUUAAAAUAAUAUGUGUUUUGUUAGUGGUGGUAGGUGUUGGUUUAUCUAAAAAAGUUUCUUUUGUUUAAUAACACCACUAGAACACAUUUAUUUAUAAAUCAUUGGCUAUUGGAUGUCAAACAUUUGGUCAUUGUAGAGAGGAAACCUGCUACAUUUUUCCAUUAUGCUAUAUGGUAUAUGGUAUGGUACAGGGAUUAAUGUGCACAUUCAGAGCAUCCAUUAGUAGCAAGUGAUCUUUUAUAUGCACCAACCCACAGACAGGAUAGUACAUACCACGGCCUUUGAUAUACCAAUCCUGGUGCACUGGCUGGAACGAGAAUGGUAACAUCUAUCUUAAAGUUCAACCAGUACUGUUGCUGUUGAUCAUUCUGCCAUUCGCCACUUAUAAUACUACAUCAGAGUAAUGAAAGUCAUGAAUUGUAUGUGCUUUAAAGAAAUGGCAUGUUAUUUCCAUCACUGGUGACCCCUAUUCUAUGUAAAUAAAGAUAAAAAUCUGA